AUGUCAACGACGUCAACAAACCGAAGUGGCCCAGGCAGUGGUGGGCAGCAGUUUAAAGUGGUUUUGCUUGGUGAAGGCUGCGUCGGAAAGACUUCGGUCGUCCUCCGUUAUGUCAACAACAAGUUCAACGACGCUCACCAGUCAACACUGCAAGCCUCAUUUUUGACAAAAAAGAUUUUCGUUAACAACGUUUCAGUGACGCUAAACAUCUGGGACACUGCCGGUCAGGAGCGGUUCCACGCUUUAGGCCCCAUCUACUACCGAGACUCCAAUGGCGCCCUCCUCGUGUACGACGUCACCGAUCCUGAUUCACUUUCCAAGGUGAAGGUGUGGGUCAAAGAGCUUCGGAAGAUGCUGGGAAACAACGUCUGCCUGGCGAUUGUCGGCAACAAGGCCGACCUGUUGACGGGCAGCGAGAAGGCGCAGAUGAGCAACGACCUCAUCGUCGAGGGGCAGAACUACGCCAAGCAGAGCAACGCGACGCAUCACUGCACCUCGGCAAAGACCAACUUCGGAAUUGAUGAUCUAUUCGUUGAUCUGACCAAGCAAAUGAUUUCAUUCAGCGAUGCUCAACAGACAAACGCAAGAUCAUCGGCCACGCCUGGCGCCUCGUCGAG